UAACGUUGCUGUUCCGCGGUUCUCCUGGCCUUCUGCCCCCUCCCGGGGGAAGAAGGAAGGCACUGGUGGGUUUCUCCAGUUCUGCAUCCCGAUCCGUGCGAACUUUGAAGCGGUCUUGGCCGUUCCGCGGGCCCGGCAGCUGGUAGCCGGCGGGAAGAGAACUGCUUGGCCGCGGCCAAUGUCUGCCGCGCUUCCUCUGCAGUAUGAAGACACCGGAGGCGCCACUGUUAGCUCCGGACUGCUUUCCUUCAGACCGGGCCCCAGCUCCAGCCCCUCUCUCUCCUCAGGCUUCCCCGAUGGAUAAAAAUACGGACCCUGAACUGAUGCCACUGACACCCGAUGGCGAUGAUCCGCCCCGGGUGUCCCCAGAUCCCAUGGCUGUCUCAGCUGUGUCCCAGGAGCUGGAGGAGGGGGACCCAGCUUCUCUCUCCAUUCCCCUGGAAACAGGGUUUGGUAUUCCUAGUGAGUUGAGCCCUCGAGUCGAAGAGCAAGAACUUUCUGAAAAUGUGAGCCUUCCUGCAGAAAAAACGAACAGGCCAGAGUUGGGGCCCGGAGAAGACGUGGAAGGUGUGUCUGAGGAACCCACUCCAGAGGAUGAGGGAUACACCGUCUGGAGCUACAGCUUCUCCCAGGUACCUCGGUUUCUCAGCGGUUCCUGGUCAGAGUUCAGCACCCAACCUGAGAACUUCUUGAAAGGCUGUAAGUGGGCCCCUGAUGGUUCCUGCAUCUUGACCAAUAGUGCUGAUAACAUCCUGCGGAUUUACAACCUGCCCCCAGAGCUGUACAAUGAGGGGGAGCAGCUGGAAUAUGCAGAAAUGGCUCCCGUCCUUCGAAUGGUGGAAGGCGACACCAUCUAUGAUUACUGCUGGUAUUCUCUGAUGUCUUCAGCCCAACCAGACACCUCCUACGUGGCCAGCAGCAGCCGGGAGAACCCGAUUCACAUCUGGGAUGCCUUCACUGGAGAGCUCCGGGCUUCCUUUCGCUCCUACAACCACCUGGACGAGCUGACGGCAGCCCACUCACUCUGCUUCUCCCCGGAUGGCUCCCAGCUCUUCUGUGGCUUCAACCGGACCGUGCGUAUCUUCUCCACGUCCCGGCCCGGCCGCGACUGUGAGGUCCGAGCCACGUUUGCAAAAAAGCAGGGCCAGAGCGGCAUCAUCUCCUGCAUAGCCUUCAGUCCAACCCAGCCCCUCUAUGCCUGUGGCUCCUACGGGCGCUCCCUGGGUCUGUACACCUGGGACGAUGGCUCCCCUCUUGCCUUGCUGGGAGGGCACCAAGGGGGCAUCACCCACCUCUGUUUCCACCCCGAUGGGAAUCGCUUCUUUUCAGGAGCCCGUAAGGAUGCUGAGCUUCUGUGCUGGGAUCUCCGGCAGCCUGGGCGUCCACUGUGGUCCCUGAGUCGUGAAGUGACCACCAAUCAGCGCAUCUACUUUGAUCUGGACCCGAGCGGGCAAUUCCUAGUGAGCGGCAGCACAAGCGGGGCUGUCUCCGUGUGGGACACCGGUGCGGCUGGGCACGAGGGGAGGCCGGAGCCAGUGCUGAGCUUCCUGCCCCAGAAGGACUGCACCAAUGGAGUGAGCCUGCACCCUAGCCUGCCUCUGCUGGCCACUGGCUCCGGUCAGCGUGCGUUUCCGGAGCCCACGGAGAGUGGGGACGAGGGGGAGGAGGAGGUGGACCUUCCCCUGCUCUCCAUGCGCAACGUCCACCUUGAAUGUCAGCUUCAGCUCUGGUGGUGUGGGGGCGGCCCGGAUACCAGUGUCCCUGAUGCUCACCAGGACGAGAAGGGACAGGGAGGGACAGAGGGAGGUGGGCGUGAGUUUAUAUAAAAAGGUUUUAUAUGGUA